AUGUCUCUGAUGAAUGAGAUUGAAGUGACUUCGGGUUCCGUUGAAGUGAACGGAAGUAUAGCGUAUGCCUCACAGGAGUCGUGGUCUUUCAACUCAAGUAUUUUACAGAAUAUUAUGUUUGGAAAGCCUUACGACUCGAAGAAAUGGCGAGAAGUCAUAAGUGUUUGUGCGAUGAAUAGAGACUUAAAACUGUUUCCUUUCGGAGAAAAGACUUUAGUCGGAGAGAGAGGCGUGUCGUUGAGUGGCGGACAGAAAGCUCGCAUCACUUUAGCGCGAGCUCUCUAUAACGACGCCGACGUUUAUUUAUUGGACGACCCGUUAAGUGCUGUCGACUCUGAAGUCGCAAAACAUAUCUUUGAGAAAUGUAUAACAGAUUAUCUGAAAUCAAAAACUGUAGUUUUAGUCACACAUCAAAUCCAAUUCAUCAAAAAGGCCACAAAAAUUCUUGUGCUCAAAGACGGCCGACCCCUCGCUUUUGGAUCAUAUGCUGAACUGAUUGAUUCGGGCAUUGAUUUCAUGUCUUUAAUCAGUGAAGAGAAGAAAGAAAAUGAGAAGAAGAAAGAAGAGGCCAAAAGUGAAGAGUUAUUAAUAGCCGAACAAAUAAUCGCUAGAAAGCGGACUAUUAGCACACUUUCCACUAAAUCUGAAGUUGACAUUCAAGUCAGUGAUCCAAAACUGGAAGAUGAGAGUAAGGCUACCGGUGCUAUAGACGCCCGGGUAUACUGGGAUUUUGUUAGAGCCGGCGCCGGACCUUUCCUAAUGAUUAUGAUGCUAUUGUCCACAUUUAUAUCGCAAGGACUCUUUCAUUACAGUGACAUAUGGCUGACUGACUGGACUAAUGCAGAGGACGCCAGGAAUAUAUCGCUAGAAUACGAUCAGACGAAUAACAUAAUCAUAUACUCAGUAUUAGUGGCCACGACUUUCAUAACCCUAAUCAUCCGAUCGGGAACUUUCUUCAUGAUGUGUAUCAUAGCGUCAGUCAAUCUCCAUAACAGCAUAUUUUUCAGACUAAUGAGGGCUCCGAUCGCUUUCUUUGACAACAAUCCCGUCGCUCGAAGUCCAAUGUAUAACCACAUGACCACUACACUUAAUGGUUUGGCAACAAUCAGGGCAUUUCGGGCUCAGGAUAUGUUUCGGGCCCAGUAUUACAGGUACCAGAAUGACCACACGGCCACAUAUGUCAUGUGCUACUGUGCCUCCAGAGCUCUCGGAGUAAUGAUGGACUGGAUUUGUGUACUUUAUAUCUUUCUUGUGGCCCUCUUUAUUAUGUUAUUUCCAGAAGGUCUUCCCGGAGGAAGUGCUGGUCUGGCAUUAUCUAUGGCAUUAGGAAUGACGGGAAUGACUCAGUGGGGGGUCAGACAGUCAGCUGAAGUGGAGAAUCAGAUGACAUCUGUUGAACGGAUCCUCGAAUACAGUCGACUCCCAUCUGAGGCCGAACUCGAAAGCGUCACAAAACCAGCUCUCGAUUGGCCACAAGAAGGGAGGAUUCAAUUGAAAGACGUUUACCUGACUUAUGAAAACAGUCCGAAACCGACUCUAAUUAAUCUCAAUUGCAUUAUAAGAGGCGGAGAGAAGGUAGGAGUCGUCGGCCGGACCGGAGCCGGAAAGAGCUCUAUAUUGGCGGCGCUCUUCCGGAUGCAUGAAAUCGAAGGCAAUAUUAUCAUCGAUGGCAUCGACUGCAAGAGUAUAGGUCUUCACGAUUUGCGCAAAAAGAUGUCAAUCAUUCCUCAGGAUCCGAUCGCUUUCAUCGGAUCUCUUCGCAAGAAUUUGGAUCCGUUUGACGAGCACUCGGAGGAC